GUGAAAUUCCUCCUCCACCACCGCCACCACCCAUACCUGGUAUGACCACCACUGGAAUUCCACCACCACCACCACCUCCUCCUCCUCCUCCAUCUGGAAUAUCAGCAGGCUCGAUACCAAUUCCACCUCCUCCUCCUCCAGCUGGGGUAUCAACAAACUCCAUACCUCCUCCUCCUCCGCCUCCACCACCAACUGGGAUAUCAUCAAGUGCCAUACCUCCUCCACCACCACCUCCUCCUUCCUCUUUCUCUUCGUCAUCUGAACCUUCCAAAACAGAAAAUGACGCUUCUGGAAUCCCAGUACCUGCUCCUCCUCCACCACCACCUCCAUCUGGAUUACCAAAUGCACCUCCUGCACCUUUAAUGGCUCCAUUACGAAAGACAAUGCGCUACCAACCGGAUGUCAAGACACGAGCUCUUCAAUGGACAAAAAUGCAAGCUAACUUUAUUAACAAGACAGUAUGGGCAAGUAAUGAUAUUGAUGAAAUGGCAUUGGAAGAUGAAUUGGAAACAAUUGGUGUAUUUGAUUCUAUCCAAGAACUAUUCGCUCAAAAGGUGAUUGAAAGAAAGAAGCGACAAAAACAAGAACGAAAACAAGAAAUCUGUAUUUUGGAUUCUAAGAAAGCAUACAAUAUCAACAUUGCUUUAUUGGCCAAGUUCAAACAUAUUACUUUUGCAGAUGUUGCUACUCGUAUUCUCUCUAUCGAUGACAAGUUUUGUACCGAAAAUCUCUUGUCCAACUUACAAUUGAAUGUACCUACAGCAGAAGAAAUGGGCAAGUUAUCUGUAUUUGUCAAAUCUGCCUCAGAGGAAGAAUUGGAACAACUAUCAAAACCAGAUACUUUCUGUGUCGAGAUGAUGAAAAUCGAUCGUUAUAAGGAAAGAAUCGACAAUAUGCUAUUCAGAUGUACCUUCAAUGAAAAAUAUCAGCAACUCGCAAAGAAUAUGAGCUCUGUGUUAGAGGCAUCCAUUGCUUUGAAGGAUUCGUCUUCAUUUAAGGAAUUAUUACGACUCAUUCUUGUGCUUGGAAACUUUAUGAAUGGAACCACCUUCCAAGGUGGUGCUUUUGGUGUUAAGAUCAGCAGUAUCAACAAGCUUGUCGACACAAAGGGAACAGAAGGGGAUACAACAUUGCUUCACUUUUUGGUGGAUACAGUGGAAAGUAAGAUGCCACGGCUUCAUGGGUUUUUGGAUGAUCUUCAAGAAACAGGUCAUGCAUGUCGGGUGACCUUACAAGACAUGGUAAAAGAUUACAAUGAAAUUCGAAGUGGAUUACAAAAGCUUUUACAAGAGUUAGACAAUCACUAUGGCGAUGAUUAUGAAGCACCUGAAGGAGAUCAUUUUGCGAAGACCAUGUAUGCAUUCAGAAAUGAAGCCAUUGACAAAUUUGAACAGCUCGAAGUCCGGUAUACCUCUAUGGAUGUGGCUUACAAAGAUGUGGUUACCUUCUACGGUGAAAAUCCUGAUCAGAUGAAGCCUGAUGAAUUCUUUGGUAUCUUCAAGACAUUUACUUCUAGUUGGGAGCGUGCUAUGAGUGACAACAAAUCAGCAAGAUUGAAACUUGAAAAUAUGGAACGUGUACGUCGUUUGGACGAAGAAAGGAAGGAAAGAAUCAAGGCACAAAAACUUCGAGGUGUGGACACUAGCGACGUGGGAAGUACAAGCAAUGAUGAGGACAAGAACAUCAUGGACAACUUGCUGGACAAAUUACGUGCUGGUGAAUUGGAUACAAGUACAAAGAGACGUGGAGAACGUUCAGCAGCAAGACAACAAGCACGUAUGCAACGAAGCGAAUCGGUAUUGGCUCUUCAAGCAGAAGAUUUACUCAAAAGUAUUCAAACAGAUGAUACAUCAUCCCCUUUUGUUCCUAGAUCUAGAUUACUUGCCCAAAAUUGAUCAUGUUGUUUUAUAUAUUAUUAUUAUUAUUAUUCUUUUUGGUAUGUUUGUACAAUACAAGCAUAACUUUUUUUUUUAUAUCAUUCAUUUCAUUCC